CAUCAGGUAGCUCACAUGUUAGUUCUGAAACUAGAAAAUCUCGACAAAAAAAUAAAUCUAAAGUUUCACUUGACGUUUUUGAAGAAAAAACUUUAUCUGUGGCAGUAAAAGAGAAAAAGAAGCAGAGCUAUGAAGCUAUUCAGAAGUUGCGGCGGAACAGCAAGCUAAGUUCGUCGCAAAACUGCACUCUCAUUGAUGUGAACAAAAUCACGCCACUCGUUACACAUAUUCAGCUGGCCACUUCACCAAGAGCUACACCAUCAGAGACGUUUGAAGGGAAAAAGAGGAAGCUUCUGCCAAGUCACGUCACCACAUCGAGCGAAGAUGAGGAAACAUCAGGACUAUCGUUAGUCAAAAAAUUUUCGAGUAAUUUUUGUGAAGACGGCCUUUCCGAUAUCCAUGUUCUUUUCCGUGAAGCGAAUGUGGAAUGUGAAUUCGGUUCGAUUGAUGGAAUAAAUUCUACAUCGAUCCAUUAUCGGAAUAACCAAUCCGUGCAAGCAAGUUCAGCAUUAUCUCCCUCACCAGUUUCUUCCGAUGAUGUUUUGAAUUCAUAUUCACGGUCAUCUUCUUUCAAGCCGCAGAAACCUACCGACAGCGAGGAAAACUCAUCGGAAUGUGAAAUCAGCAUCGAUAAACUUUCAAGGAUGUGUUUUGACCGAUCGACAUCUCCUGUCGCCCCUCGCUUGGCGCUUCCGCAGGACCAAAAAGAAAAAAGUUUGACGGGCCAAUUUCGACGCCCGGCCUUCCAUCUGUUCUCUCAAGCGGAAGAUCAUGAAUAUUCAGGGCACGGCUACUUAAUUGGCUCCGCAGGAAAGACGGUUGAGGGUACAUGUGACGAUCUCCAAGAAGAAAUCGAGAAAAGGCUGACCUUGUCUCGAAAUUCAAACUUUCUGGAUCUCAGUGAACUUGGGCUUCCUUUCUAUCCGACGGCCGUUAUCUGCGCCGACCUAUCACAUACCGAGCGUCUGUCGAUCUCUGACAACCAACUGGUUUCCUUGCCGACGCCGUCUCUGUCUCUGCUGCCGCGCCUGACGUGGCUCGACCUGCGCUACAAUCAUCUCUGUACUCUGCCCUGGUCAGAGCUCCAGCAGCUGCAGCAACUGCAGGUGCUGCUGCUGCAAAACAAUUGCCUUCACACGCUGCCUCUGUCUUUAGCGGAACUUCCUAAGCUGAUGACGCUACAAACUAGCGGCAACCCUCUUGUCUUCCCUCCAAAGCAUAUCCUAGAAGCUGGCACGACGGCCAUCUUGAAUUUUUUACGAUCCCGCAAUGAAAUCCGACGCAACAUUCAAAGCGGAGCCUGUUGGAGCCAUGCUGAUAGGUUUUGCUUUGAAAAUAAAAUGAAAAUUAAGUUCAUUGAACCAGAAUACAGCAGUGACUCGGAAAGCGAUUCUAGCUUCACCUCGAAUCCACUUGAAACCCCGGCCAAUGCUGCCAGUUCGUUACACGAAUUUAAUGAAGAAAAUCAAUCUGAUGUGAAUAUAAUUGAUGUCUCAAAUAUUAGCCGCUUCUCUGCAAAUGAGAUAAAAUCGCCAUUUUGCACUCCUGAUAGUGGACGAGAAACAUUGAGGUCAUUGGAUCAACCGAGCACGCCAGCAUCACCAUGUUUAUUAACACCAAACCCGGAGUUCCCUUCAACGGCCAUCUUUUACGAUGGUGAUUGUUCGGCUUAUGAGAAUAGAGUCAUAUCCCCUACACGCCUACUGCACGAUGACUGUUGUGUGCAACCCCAGCAAGAAAAUGUUGAAUUAAAUCGCAUGCUAAUACAUUUUCAAGGCUUGCUUGGCCGAUGCACCGAAAAUAACAGAACUAAAUCUCAAGAGUCAGCUAAUAGUAGCUUGUGCGGCAUCCCCGUGAAACACAGUAGCAACUUUCGUAACUUGGAGCCUCGUAUCCUGGAGCUGCAGACCCCAGCUAUGAGGAACAACGAGAGUUCAAGAAAGCAACCUCAUGCAGAGAUGAUGAAAUCUACCUACAAAAAUUUCAAUCCUUGUGUUACGACUGUUGAAAAAUCGCUAAAACAUACUCGAAAUAAAAAUCAAUAUUGUACUGGCAGCCCCAGAAACCAAUCGAACUGUGAUCGUACUAUGCAAUUACCAAACAUUUUCUUCAAAUCCACCGGCUUUCAAAGACGCUGUUCAGACAGCAUCGUUCCACCGAGCGCCAAGAGUUUGAACACACCUCAUCACACGCCAUCAUGGAGCUCUCGUGAAUGUUUGUCUAAAAACUACAAUUUUCCGUGUUUUGCACAAAAAAGCCCCUGCUGCAUCGAAAGAAGGCGAAGCUUGCAUUUGAUGAUCGGUGAAAACUUCCUGAAAUUAGACAAGGACGAGACGGACAUGGACAGUGACAGCUUGGAUGGCGACCUCGGCGAAGGCUGUCGGAAGCCAUUGUUAGACACCAAAAGUGAUCUUCAGGGAAAUGGUACAAGCGACCGAAAACUGAGUGUAAGCACCUGCUCCGUGCAACCUGUGCUGGUGCCUCUCGAAGUCCCUUUUUCUCCUCCGCCGGCCAUAAAAUUGGCCGCAAAAUGUAAUCCUGAGGGCCACAAUGGCCGGCAACCGCAAAGAAGCGCACUUUUACGGCCCAAGAAAAUUCUUCAAAAGAAGGACUUUCCCGUGAAUGCAGAGACCGGAUCUAAUAGCUCGGUAUCCCCUCACGUGUUUGAGUUUAACCAGCGAAAAAAUUCGAUGAGCUCUCAAAAAAGAGAGCCAAGUGAAAAAUGCUCUCGGCGGUAUGGCAUCAUUGGUUCGGGGUUACCGAAGUUACAGACGGUGGCGGCAGCGGCGGCUCAGGACCGAGCGAGAAGACGGGCAACAGCCGCCGCCAGCCGACAGGAGCGACAGCUGGGAGCUUUGAAGUAA